AUGGGUUUCUUCAUCCGUCAUCUACAUCAGCAUAUUACAGAAUUACAUCAGGAACAACAAGGCAACAUACCAACAAAUUUUCAAGUCUUUCGUGGACAAGGUUUGUCCAUUGAAGACUUUGAAAAGAUGAAAAAAACCAAAGGAGGACUUAUGUCCUUUAAUAAUUUCCUGUCAACAAGUCGUAACCUCGAGAUUUCACUAGAAAAUUUUGCACAACCAGCUACACAAAAUCCCAAUUCGGUUGGAAUUUUCUUCGUCAUGAAUAUUGACACGGCUGUUUGCACAAAAUUAUCGACACCAUUUGUCGAAGUAGGCCAAGUUGGCUACUACAAAGGUGACGAGGAAGAAAUACUUUUUUCAACCCAUACAAUUUUUCGAAUCGAUCGCAUUGAACAAAUUAAAGAUAGGAAUACUGAUCGCUUAUGGCAAGUUAAUCUCACCAUCGUCGGUAAUCAAGAUGAUGACUUUAACAAACUUACAGCACAUCUGCGAAAAGAGUCCACUUGCGUGGCAGGAUGGGCUCGAUUUGGCCAUAUACUUAUUAAACUUGGCGAAUCUGAAAAAGCAGAACAUCUCUAUCUGAUACUCCUCGAAAAAGCCACUUCUGAUAAACAACGAUCAAAUUAUAAUUUUCUGCUUGGUACGGUGUAUUCUAAUAUGGGCGAGUACUCGAAAGCACUUUCAUUAUAUGAACGAUCACUUGGAAUCCGAAAAACUGCUCUCCCUCCGAAUCAUCCCGACUUGGCUUCUUCCUACGGCAACAUCGGUUCAGUGUAUUAUAACAUGGGCGAGUACUCGAAAGCAUUUUUAUCGUACGAACGAUCACUUGAAAUGCAAAAAAUUGCUCUCCCUCCGAACCAUCCCGACUUGGCUUCUUCCUACGGCAACAUCGGUUCAGUGUAUUCUCACAUGGGCGAGUACUCGAAAACACUUUCAUAUUACGAAAAAGCACUACAAAUCAAGAAAAUUGUUCUUCCUCCCGGACAUCCAAGUACUGCACUUACGGAAAGCAACAUUGAACUUCUGAAAAAGAAAAUGUAA